AUGGUGACCAAGUACUUCCAACACGUCCUAGCAUUAGUAUUUGCAGUGAAUGAGGUCAAUCAGAAUCCCAAGAUCUUGCCCAACCUUACGCUUGGUUUCCACAUCUAUGACAGCUACUAUGAUGCAAGAAUGACCUAUCGAACCACUUUGGAUUUGCUCUUUACUGCACACAGAUUUCUCCCAAACUACAAAUGUGACCUCCAGAAUAACGUGACAGGUGUCAUUGGGGGGCUGAAGGGUGAUACGUCACACCAUAUGGUAGACAUCUUAGGCCUCUACAAGAUUCCACAGAUUAAGGCAAGAAACAUCCUCUAUGUCCUUUUCAAUCAAGUCCAGCAACUGUUCCUCUCUAUUGGAACACGGGAGAGGAGGGUGCAUCCCCUUUCUUUAUGUAACGACCCCUGCCAUCGUGGGUAUCAAAAGCAAAAGAAGGAAGGAGAGAAAUUUUGCUGCUACCUUUGUGAUCCAUGCCCAGAGGGGAAGAUUUCAAAGCAGAAGGUUGCUGGGUUCCUUUCCCUGAUCACAGUCUUUGUACUAAGAACUUUCAUUAAGUACAAAGAUACCCCAAUCGUCAAAGCCAACAACCGAGAGAUCACCUACACCCUUCUCGUCUCCCUUCUGCUCUGCUUCCUCUGCUCUUUGCUCUUCCUUGGACAACCUACAAAGAUGACCUGCUUACUCCGCCAGUCAGCUUUCAGCAUCAUCUUCGCAGUGGCUGUUUCUUGCAUAUUGGCCAAAACCAUCACUGUGGUGGUAGCUUUCAUGGCCACGAAACCAGGGUCCAGCAUGAGGAAGUGGAUAGGGAGAAGACUGGCCAACUCCAUUGUCAUUUCUUGUUCCUUCAUUCAAACAGGCUUUUGUAUGCUGUGGCUGGGAACCUCCCCUCCAUUCCCCAAUUUCGAUAAACAGUCUGUUAGGGAAGAAAUACUUGUAGAAUGCAAUGAAGGGUCUGCCGUUAUGUUCUCUAUUGUUCUUGGCUAUAUAGGACUCCUGUCCUUUAUAAGCUUGAGUGUGGCUUUCGUUGCAAGGAAACUGCCAGAUAGUUUUAAUGAAGCCAAGUUCAUCACUUUCAGUAUGCUGAUGUUUUGCAGUGUUUGGUUGUCCUUUGUUCCAACCUAUGUGAGCACCAAAGGGAAGUACGUGGUGGCUGUGGAGAUCUUCUCCAUCUUGGUUUCCAGUGGUGGAAUAUUGGCCUGUAUCUUUUUCCCCAAAUGCUAUAUUAUAGCCCUGAAGCCUGAACUGAACAACAGGGAGAUGAUAAUAAGGGGACACCAUAAAUUGUCUGCGACUUGA